AUGUCAGAUACGGUGGACACGGAUUUUGUGUCUUCAAAAUCCCUUCCUAGCAGAGCUCUACUAAAUGGAUCGAUCCCAGAAGUCCAGAGCCAUUCUGAAAAACUGCACACCCUUCUGCCUCGGGCGAACAACCGAUAUUGGACUCUUCCCCCAGCCAAAUUUGGUGAACCCACCCUUAAAAUGGGCUCAGUUCUUAUAACGGCAAUUGUGAAAUCGGCGACCGAGGUUGUCUUUGAGAUCGUGAACGGCAGCGUGAACCAGUACGGCAUUACGUUCCGAGAGACUACAACGGACAUUGACGCAGGCUCCGUGGAGGUAGCGAGUUCCAGUUUUGGGAAGUUCGACCCUCAUGGGUCGAUCAAACCGGGAGAUACUCUUUUUCUGGGCUUCUUCAAUAGAGGAUAG